AGUAGCUGAUGCUCGGCUGAAUGUCGAGAAUCCGAGUGUUGAAGAGGCACGAUUUUAUAUGUACAAUGGCAAAUUAAUAGAUCUCAGCUCCGUCGUAGCUUCGGUAAAAAAUAAGGCACAUGUGAAAAAAAACCCGUGAAAGUAAUGGCGCAUGGCGUUACUGUGUGAUGGUAGAACGACGGAGCCUCGGCGGCCUGCGACGGCCUGGGAUUCCGUCUGAAUCUUCAUCGGCGCGGGCUGCUACCAAAAAAAUGAUGCCAUCGUUUGCGGACGGGUUUCGGCUUUUUACCUUCGUUCCAUUUGCUGCCGUCUUGAUACUUUUACUUCCGGAUCGAACGCUGGCGCUGCGAGCGUCUUCCAGCAGGGCGGCCUCAGUUGCAAGACACAAGAUUAGGAGCAGAGGUGCCGUUGUUAAUCAGGCCAUAUCCGGCACCGCCAAUGAGGAUACAAGUGCCGAACGCGAAACGCGUGUGAAGACAAGCAGCGCAGCAAAUGCUUUUGGGUCCUCCUCUAGGACGAGCAGCGAAAUCAAAGACGCCGCUCUACUUCGGCGGGUUGACGAAAAGGUAGCUGGCGAAGUAGAAGUAGAUGAAGGAGAACAAGGUCGUGGAGGUGGUGGCCCAAAAGCAGCCGAGGUUGUGGAAGCGAGGAGUGUUAGAAUAUCUUCCCCGGAACAAGAUGACCAAACCGGGGCUUGGGUGGAUGAGCGCGAAGAUGUGGAUUCGCACCACUUGAAUCUCAUCCAGAGUGGCAAUCGUCGGGGCGACGAGCCCUCAGACGCAGACUCGCUCCCGGCUUUCGACGAAGCCUGGCACGAAUUAACGAGGAAAUACGCGGGGAAGAGCACGGUGGACUUUCGCGCAAAGGCUGCAGAAUCGGCCAAAAUCAUCCUGGGAAUCUUCACGGAACCGAAUCAAGACCAGGCGCGUCGGGCGGUACUGCGCGACACGUGGAUGAAGCAAGAAGGUUGGUAGUGCCGACGUUUUUCGUCUAGUACUUCUACUUCUGAACCGGCUUUCUCAAUUGUCAAGUUCUUCGUUCUCGAAUAAUUUCGAAGCAAGAUGAUAAAACGACGAACCGAGGAGAAAUUAAUAUUCUUGGAUGCACAUGAAAAAUCUACGACAGGUGUUUGCCUCUUAAACGAUUACCCCGACGGAGAAAGUGACGCAUGUGAUGGUAUCCGUUGCAGAAAAUCGCUAGGUCAGAUUAUUCCGAAGUUUCUCGUGCUUGUGAUUGCUUCGGUUCCCCUUCAGCAACACUAUGCAUGAUAAAGCUGUGCUUUAUUUUUCCUUUGGCCUGGAGCGAGGGCCCACGACUGCACUGAAAAAUAUAAGAAGAGCGUGAGCCUAGCGUGUUUGCGAAGGAUACAGGUUUUCGUUGUGUUCGUUGUUUCUGGCAGCUCGGUGAUCUCCGCGGCAGACCUCGCCAAAGGAACAGACGUCGUGAAGCUGUCGCUGGACGGCAUCGAAUUGGCACCCGGCGGACAAGCGAGCAACAGCACCGGGAUUCUGUAUUGAUGCGAGAAGUGCUCUGCUCCUAGAAGCGCGAAAAUUUAGCAUUUUUUCAUACAAGAAAAUAAAAGAUAUAAAAUUAAUAAAAGUUUGUAAAAACGAAAGGUGCUGUUCAUGUAUGCUCCGGGAAUGGGGAACCGGAACUGUGUGUGCGCCUGCGCGACGUCUUUUGGUAUUCGUGUCGCAGAAUUUCGGCCGCCCGGCAGCAUGCUGUUUUGGUACAAUGGAUAGAUCUUGCCCAUACUACAGCCGCGCUGCGCGCAAAAUACUAAUUGUGCGUUUGUUCUCAUCUUUAUCUUUGCGCUUAUUAGGUUGCUGUGGCCUCAGCGCUGCAAGCCCUUCGUUCUUUCGUUUCUUUGCUGUUUUGUGGUAGCGGGGGCGUUCUCCGUUUUCAUACCCUGGGCGUUGCAUCGACGACUGCCACGUUUUUGCAAGUGCACCAAAAGGAGAUGACACGAGGGAGAAGGAGCGCCAAGACGAAACGGGCAAAGACUAUUGAGACUAAGAUGCACCGUGGCGGCACGAGAGCAAGCAAGAAGAAGACCGCGAAUCAGGAGGAGCGCGAGCAAGCAAGUCUUGCGAACAAACUACAACAUUUUCGUGACGGCACUGCGGACACAGCGCGUCGGGAUGACGGUGAUGAACCAACGCAGCCGAGCUCGAGCACGAAUGCUACUGACGCAAGCAACGCGACCGCUCAGACCGCCGGAGAGGAGAGUGACUUCAGCGGCCCGCAGAAAAGCCAGUUGCAACGGGGCAACUCGCUGCUCUUUCUAUGGAUGUACCACGCUCCGAGGGAAUUCAGCUGGGCGACGCAGUACUCAACACUAAAGUUUUUGCCUCAAGUCAAACUCGGAGUGCAGCUCCUGCAUUUUAUUUGCUGGGACUGCCUGUGGUCCUGAGGGAGCGAGCAGGUGACAAACGAAUAUAUGUUGCGUACUUCAUCAUGAAAUAUUAUGUCAGUUUGCAUCUCGGGGGGGAGGCACACGCACACGACCGAGUGAGGUCGUUGUAGAUAUAGGAUAGACGACUUACAGAUCGACAUGACGGCACGCGAGAAAGUUUGGCUAUACGGUAGCAUUUUUUAGUCGCAUAGGCGCAUCGGUAAGAUCGAGAUGACCACCUUUCCGUUGACGGGAGAGUUGUUCGAGGACGUCAGCAAAUUGCUGUCAAAGGAGAUGGCGACCGGGUGCGAGAGCUACGUUGGCAGCUGCGCCGACUUCAGCCGGUGCGGGAGUUUUUCGUUCUGCCCGCCGAAGGGCUGCGGGUGCCCGGUGGAAGAGGAUUUCAUGAAGUAUUCGCCCUUUCCCGCAGGUUCGCAGCAGCAGCCCGACGGGGGUUCAGCGCAGCAACCGCACGCGCUGGCCGAGAUCAGCCCGCGGUAUGCUGUGCAAAAGUAUCGUACUCGUACUAGUUGCAAACAUGCGUGACAAAUCUUCCUCCUAAGGUAAAGCAGCAUUACACAUUGCAUUUUUCUCUUUGAAAAAGUUUGUGAUGCAAUUUAGGCUAUUGCGAUACUUUUGCAAUGCAUACGCGGGAAAUCAACACCAAGUUUCUCAGCGACAAGGACAUCCAAAGCAUGGACGACGAAACGCUGAUCUCCCUGGUGGUGACCAAGCGGCCCAGCGUAUCGAAAGGAAAAAUCCCCCCUCCCCAUAUCAAAACGGAAUUUCUGAUGCUGGAUUUGUGUACACAAAUCAGGUUUGUAUUGCAGAGAGGCACUGCGGCCAGCGCCAGAUCCCCAGGCUAGGUAGGGGCGUAAGGGUCUAGUUGUUCAGCAUGGCAAACGGAUCCCUUUUAGGGCCAACAGCAUGACAAAUCGCUUCCAUAGUGGGGCGGAAGCUUCUGCCCUUGUCUUCUUGCAAUACAAAUGUGAUUUGCGACCUCAAAUCAGCAAUGCAAAUUUUCGAAAACAUACCUGUUCGAUAUGGGGAGGGGGGAUUUUUGCUUUUGAUACAGCGACGACCUGCCGCCCCCGACCUCCAACAGCUGCAAGGCCCCCAAGCCGGAUCCCAACGCGUGGUGGACGCGAAGCUUCUCCGCCUCCGGCUCGUUUGGCCCGAAGGACGGGGGCGCCCGGCAGGAGGAGAUUUUCAAAAACUACCGGCAAUACGGGGGGGACCGAGCGGAUGGCGCCAUGUACAACUAUCCCGGAGAUGGACCACCGGGAGGGGGAGCUUCAUCUCCGCAGCAGCAGGCCCGGAUUCAGGAUUUGGAGCGGCAGUUGGCGAGAAUAAAGGCUAGCUGUGGAGAGGAAGACGGUGGAGGUGGUGGCAAGACCAAGAUGAACCCCUACGACAACGUGUUUGUGUGUUACCGCAAUUGCUGGCACGAGUGCUGCUUGAAAAACCAUGGCUGCGGAAAUUGCGAAAAGUCGUGCAUGCAGACGUGCCCCGUUGAGGACUGCGCGAGAGGCGGAGGCACGACCACGACCAAGUACGGCGCGAAGGCGUUCGAGCACUGUGUGGGCAAGGACUGCCACACCACGGUGACAGACGGGCGAACCAACAUCGUCGCGGAGAAGCCCUCCUACACGACUUACAAGAAUCCGGACAAGUACAAGAAGAGUUCCCGAAUCUUCCGCGUCGGGCGCGAUUUCGAUGACCCCAACCCGGAGCUCAGCUCCGACAAUUACCCGGAGUACUGGAAGGGGGACCAGUACCAGCAUUACCAGCAAGGCCCUCCCACGGGCGGACCCCCGGCGUCGCCAAACCUGUACAAGCAGGCUCUGGAGCGCCAGCAGUACCACUACGGCAAGGCCGGGGAAAAAAUGGACUACCGUGAUCACUUCAGCAACGCUCCGCGCGAGCAGAAGGCCUCCGGGAGCAGCAGCCCCCCCGGCGGGGACGGCGAUUAUGUGGCGGGCGUGUUCCAGGCGUCGAUAACGGACAAGGCGAACGCGCUGCGGGAUCUGGACGAAAAGCUGAGCUACGAACUGAUGCACGCCCAACAGCAGCUGCACGCCGUGCUGCAAGAGCGGUCGCAGGCGGAAGCUUCGUUCGGGAAGCGGUCCCAGCAGCUCGCGCAGGCCUGGCGCCAGCUGAUGGCGUACGGACCUCUGAACCACCGAAACUACGCACCCUACGCGGUUGGAAACAUGACCUCGGCCAAGCCCGGUUCUGGCGCACCUGCGAAGAUGAAUAAUGCAACGACCAACGGAACAGGAACUGCAGGUGCGAAAAGCAGUGGCAAGGAGGUGGCACUAAAUGUGGAAAGGUUGGCGGAGGCAGCGGAUGCCGAAAGUGCGCAGGAAGACGUGAAACUCGCGGAGGCCGAAGUGCAGGCCGCAAAAGAAAAGCUCGAAGCCCUGCGCGGAAAGGCGGACGAGGCGGCAAAGGCCGCUGCAAAACUGAAGGCGGACGAGGAAAAGAGGAAAACGGAGCUGCUGCAGGAUUUCGAGAAUCAGAAGGCGCUCGCGGACGAGCACGCCGCCGCAGUGGCGGAUGGAUCAACAUCGUCCGACGCUGCCACUGUGGCAGACGAGUUUACCCAAUUGGCCGCGAAGGCGAAAGCCAUCGAAGAGGAGAAAAAACAAGCCGACGAGGCUACCUUUCCAGCAUCGCAGGACGCGGAAGACGGUGACGCAACUGGGAACGCUGAAGACGAGACUGCCAGUCUUGUUAGCACAGACCGGGCCACGAGCGUUGUUGAGAAAUCCUCCUUGGCACCACGACUACAGAAAUUUUCCGGCAGAAAAGCGAAGGGUGCAAGAAAACCUUCUGCAAGAUUAGGAGAGAAGCAGACGCAGCUGAGCACGACGGACCCAGACGUGCAAAGGGGCGGUACGAAGACAGUGGCAGAAUCGGAGCGAGCAGAUGGGGAAAUACCCGUCGGUUUCGCACCUAAACGUCACAGCGUCGAAAAAGGAGUCCACCACAAGAAGACGAUGGACAACAUCAAAGAGGCAAAACGUGAAGAGCAGCUCUCGCUCAGCGUAUUGUUGCCCAGCACGAGGACGGCAAAAGGCAGCGCAACAUCAGAGGAGGAACCGGGAGCUGUUGCUGCUACUGGUGUGGCGCCUGGGACGAGCGGCGGCGCUGGCGAUGAACCCGCAGCGCCGGCCUUCUUACAAAUUCUCCGGAGAAAUCACAGGGGUACAACUUCUAGGUUCUGGCCGUUCAAUACUGGGGAUGAUGAUUCUACUUCAAGCAGUACGUCGUCUACGAAUUCUGCUAGUGCGCAAAGAGCAGGACCUCCUUCGCAGACAGGGUCACCCGAGGCCGAAUCCACUGGUGCGAGUGUCACCCCGAGUGCAGAGGAAAGUGGUGCCUCGGCAUCUUUGGCAGAGGUUGAGCCGAAGCUGGCGAAGCAAAAAAAUACAGGUGCAGGAGACGACGCGGUCGAGGAAGAUGAAGCUGAAGAUGGUGAAGUGGUUGCGGACGAGGAAAACGAAGAAGAAGUGGCGAACAAGGCCUCUUCUCCUUCGACACUCCUCCGAACAAAGACCGACGAUCACAAGCCCGUUUUGGAAAUCUCACCGAAAACGGGUCCGAAACUCGUCUACGAUGUAGCUCCAGAGACCAUAAAGAACCCUCCGAAGCCCGAUUUUCUCAACCGACCACCGGCCGCUGACGGGUCCCCCGACUCGCAGCUGCCGGGCGGCUCGUACGUGCCCGUGGCCGACGAGGAGGCAAGCGGCUACACACCCCCCAACUACCGCGUGUUUUCCAAGGAUCCGCCCUUGCAGGACAUGUUUGACCAACCGGUCUUUGAUCCUUGGCGCUACGAGUCUUACCAACCACCCGCGCCGGCACCAGCGCCGCCUUUCGCCGCGUCCGCCACUGGUCCCGCGAGUCCUCUUUUCGGUAACGAGAAGACGCAGAACCUGGCACGAUCGUGGCGGAAGUACCUCCUGCAGAAGCAUCCGGUCUCGGAAAUUCAGAAUACGGUGAGCUGCCUCCUGUAGUUUCAUUCCUUUGCAGCGAGCGUGCUUAAGCUUAUUCGACCGUGCGCAAGUAGUUCUAAGUCUAACACCCGUAGUUGUUUAUGUUACUCCAGUUUUUACCGAACUACAGAAGCAAAAGACGAACAAACAUUGGCUGAAAGAAAAGUAUUUUCUAAUUGCAAUCUGCUUCUGCAGGUAUCCGCCGUGAAAAAUUUGUCUCCUGGACGAGUACAUCCUCUCUGCUGGAGCUAUAUGUGUGGAAGUCUCGUACUCCUGUCGCGAAAUAUGGCAGAGAAGAUAACGGCGCCAAGUGGCGCGUACGCGAAAAACCUGGGAGGCCAUGCCGCGAUUACGCUGGGCGCGGCGGUCGCCGAUCAUUCACACGAGCAGCAACAGUGUGUGCACGUCAUGAAAACAGACUGGCAAAAGCCAUGGAUUGUCGCGGAGAUUCGGUAAGAGUCUCGACAUGGUAAUGCAGGGGAAUGCGGACGAGUAGGGGUUGGAGAUUCCCAUUCUGUAAAGAAAAAGAGAUCAUGCGAUGUUGAUUUGCAUCACGAACAGCAAGAAAACACGGCGGGUAAUUAGAGCAAUGGAUAUUUUUAGCACGAAGAACUACGGCUUUAGAUUUUAAUUUUAACAUUAGAUGAUGAUCAAGACUGAUUUUCGCAUGAGAACGCAAGAAAGCGUAGAAAUACCAAAGUACAUAUGGAGACCACGGGUGUCAGUUUUUUCAAAAAGCUUCCAGCACCAUGGAACUCGAAUCCCUUGUGUGGACCAAGUCAUCACAGGUAUUCUUCUCGUACCAUGGAUGGGCAUCGUCGUGGUUAUUUUUACAUCGUAGAGCAAAAAGAAAAAGUAUCAAAAUGAACGGUCACAACUUUGAUGGGUAUUUUUUACUUGUCCCGCAAAUGAACCCGCCUCUGAGAAUGCAACCGGUUUCGCGGCUCAGUGGCUCUUUAUUAUCUCUGUUGUAUAUAUGCAUGUUUUAUUCAUAUUCACUACCUUCACUAGACGUACACGGGAGGACCAGAGGGACCUUGAUGGAUUGCAAAAGUCGUCAAGAGACUGUAACUCUGAGUAUACAGGUAUGAUGAAAAUGGUUCCGAAGUUUCAAGAAACGCAUACGUUGAUAAAUUACAUCAAUUUUUUUGCCGAAAAAUUGGCAGUGGAUCGUGAGUGACGAGAUACGGCCAGCGACUUUUUUCCGAU